AUCCCCAUGGCCCUGCUCACCCUGCCGGGCGCAGUGACAGCGGAUCACGUGCUCUCCCAGGUGGAGUUCUACCAGCGCACGGACCGAUCCCAGCGGGAGUCCGGGGAGUUCAUGUUCGAGUUCGACCGGGACGAGAUCUUCCAUGUGGACCUGGAGAGGAAGGAGACCGGCUGGCGCUUGCCCAACUUCGGCAAGUUCGCUGGCUUCAAGGCGCAGGGUGCCCUGGGCAACAUCGCUGUGGCUAAAUAUACAGGUAGGCGCCACUGAGGCUGCAGCGAGGUC